AUGUCCAACACUUCUUGGACAGAUGUGGUCAAGAGGAAUAUGAAUGAAGUAAACAAAGGAAUAACUUCGGUUCGCAAAACAAUCGAGGUUGUCAAUGAUUUUAAUGAGCGCGAAAACAGCGUCGUACUCUUUAAUUUUCCUGAGAAUGAGACUGUGGUCAAGGAUAGAGAUAACGUUACGGGUUUCUUGAUGUCGUUGUCCGAUAAUGCGCUGAAGCAUGAAGAGUUUGUGAAAAUAAAUAGACAGGGCAGGAGGCUUGACUCAGCUACUUCACCGCGUCCAAUAAUAGUUAAAUUCAUCGAUACGGCAAUUAAAUCAAUGAUUAUGAAAAAGCUUUUUAAAAUCAAGUUGUUGGAUGCGAACAUGAAGAGUGUGAAGAGGAUCGGCAGGCCGGUGGAGGAUUAUAAAAUAUUCGAAACCUGCAUCAAAUCAAACUUAAAUCUGGGUUUACUAAAUAUAAGGUCAAUACGUUCUAAAUAUGAUGCGGUUUAUGAGUUGCUGUCUAAUGGUAUGGACGUAUUCGUAUUGACUGAGACAUGGCACGGUUCAUCUAAUGAUUUAACGAUAAGACUGGUAAAGCCUGAAGAAUUUGGUUAUGUUGACUGCGUGCGACCUCGGGACCCAGCUACAAUCACGCCUGCUUUUUUCAAUGAAAUCGAAAUCAUGUUGGAACAGGUAUCGUUGGGUGGUGAUUUUGUGAUACUGGCUGGAGAUUUGAACGUACACGUUGAAAGAACGGAUGAUGAUCAUGCUGCCAACCUUCGGGAAAUCUUUGAACUAUUCAAUAUGCGUAAUAGAGUUUACUCAUGUUCAUGGUGGUACCUUGGAUUGGUGGCUUCAUCGAUGGAAUUUCCGGCAUCUGCUUGUUUGGUGGGUCCUUGUGAGUUUUUGAUCAAAUUGUUCGAGAAAGAAAUCAAAGCUAUAGUAGACAUUGUUGCUCCACAGCACUUGGUUGCAUCCAGAAAUAUGCCAGCUUCACCGUGGUUUGAUGAUAAAUCUUUAUUCAAUGCUAUCUUGCGUCGAAUAGAUUCAGACCAGUGA